AUGACAGAAGCGGCGAAGGUGUCCGGGGGAGUAGAGUCUGUCAAAGAUCCUCCAAUUGCAACUAAUAUUGACGAUGUCCUAGAUCAGCACUCCAAAAUUGAUCCAAUAACCGCCCUUCAGGAUGACAUCGCAAUGUUUGAGGCUUUUCGUGGCCUUCGGGAUGCCGUGGCCCCAGAAUCAGGCAAUCUGGGAGGAAGUCAGAACAGGAACGAAACGACACCGGAGCAGCCCGACAUGGACGAUCUUUGGCAUCACUACCGAAGCGGCGAUCCCGAUGUGACCAAUUUGGUCGCCAAAGCAUGCGAAGGUAGAUCCCUACCCCAAAAACGCGACGAGUUUAUUCGUUUGCAUGCCAAAAUGGAGAUGGAGAAGGAUGCAGAGCUAGUAAUGCGGCUCGCCGGUACCGUUUUGGAAAAGAGUAGUGAGAUUGAUGAUCAAAAUUAAUAGGAGCGAAUCGAAAAGCCAUCGAAGACUUGGAGGAAGCAUACGCCUCUGCCGAAAGACAACGUGACGCGUGCAGGUCAUUUGUUCAAAAAAAUAGCUGUGCGGCAUUGGGUAUCAUCGAAGACACUGAAUAGACGGGU